CGUUCAGCCGAGUGUUCGACGCUGCGUCUCUCUCUCUCUCUCUCUAUCUUUGACGGUCUCUCUUGACGCUGACGACGUCUCUCCUCCUUCCUGGUACUGGCUUUGACGAGUGUCUCAUCUCUGCUUUCCAGUGUCCAGGUAUCAUCAGAGAUGAUGAGUUUGAUUUCUCAAAACGCUAUCCCAGAAGGCCGGGUCAAGAAAAUUAAAAGGAAGGAUAAUGACGAGCGUUUAAUUCUUGAAGACAAAGAAGAGGUUGAAGAUAAGACGGAAUCUGAUCCCGAUACAUUAAUAAAUAAGAAGAGGAAGAAAGGACGCAAGGAAGAGAAUAAGCAGUUGGAAAUUGACCAGGAAAGGGAAAUGAAGAAGCUAGAGAAUUUUUUGUUUGGCUCUUUGUACUCCCCAAUUGAAUUUGGAAAGGAUGAUGAGGAAGAAGUGGGAGAGGUCAUUGACAAGAGUUCUGUUUUUUACUUCACGGAUCGGUCUGCAAAUAGUGAGUUGUCUGUUUAUGAAGGGGAUGCAGAAUUGGCUGCGCAAAGUGAUGAAGAGGAGGAACCUAAGCAAAGAAAACCCGUGUGGGUGGAUGAAGAGGAGGACAAAACUAGUAUAAAUAUAGCCAAAGUUAACAGAUUGAGGAAGCUGAGGAAGGAAGAGGAUGAGUGUGUAAUAUCUGGUUCCAUGUAUGUGUCCAGGUUAAGGGCUCAGCAUGCCAAGAUGAACCCAGGUACCGAGUGGGCGCAACUUGAUUCACAGGUGAGAAAUUAUAGCUCUGGUGAUGAAGACUCAAAUGAAGAAGAUGGGGCUGUGGCUGCUUAUGGUCACAAAGAAGUUGAAGGUGUUGAUGAUAUCCUUAGAACUAAUGAAGACCUAGUAUUGAAGGGAAAUACAAAGUUGUUUCCUGGACUACUUGAGUACUCAAGAUUGGUUGAUGCAAAUGCACAGGAGCUGUCCAAUGGUCCCAUAAAUUCGGUUCAGUUCCAUAGGAAUGCUCAGUUGCUCCUCACUGGUGGGUUAGAUCGAAAGCUGAGAUUUUUUCAGAUUGAUGGCAAGCGGAACACCAAGAUACAAAGCAUCUUCAUUGAUGAUUGUCCCAUUCGAAAGGCAUCUUUUUUUCCUGAUGGGUCUCAGGUAAUUAUAGCAGGAAGAAGAAAGUUCUUUUAUAGCUUUGAUUUGGUGAAAGCAAAGGUGGAUAAAAUAGGCCCUUUAACUGGCAGGGAGGAGAAGAGCUUGGAAGUUUUUGAGGUUUCUCCUGAUUCUAGUACUAUUGCCUUCAUUGGCAAUGAAGGAUAUAUCUUGCUAGUUUCAUCCAAAACUAAGGAACUGAUUGGAACACUCAAAAUGAACGGGACUGCUCGUUCAUUAGCUUUUACAAAUGAUGGACAACAAUUGCUGAGUUCUGGUGGUGAUGGGCAGGUCUACCACUGGGAUUUGAGAACCAGGGGUUGCUUCCACAAGGGCAUUGAUGAAGGUUGCAUAAAUGGUACAUCGCUUUGCACUUCCCCAAGUGGAUCUUUGUUUGCAGCUGGUUCAGAUAGUGGGAUUGUGAACAUUUACAAUAGAGAGGAGUUUUUAGGGGGUAAGAGAAAACCACUCAAGACCAUUGAGAACCUGACCACGAAAGUGGAUUUUAUGAGAUUCAACAAUGAUGCCCAGAUUUUGGCCAUCGGUUCCAGCAUGAAGAAGAGUAGUUUAAAGCUGAUUCACAUUCCAUCAUUUACUGUUUUUUCUAAUUGGCCACCGCCGAAUCGAACCCUUCACUAUCCACGAUGCUUGGAUUUCAGUCCUGGUGGAGGUUUUAUGGCUACGGGAAAUGCUGCCGGGAAAGUGUUAUUAUACAAGUUGCAUCACUACCAGCAUGCUUAGAUCAAAUGUGAUUGCCUCUGACACCAUCUAAUAGCCUUGCCCUGGUAUUUCCUACCAUUAAUACAUGGGGCUUGAAGGCAUUGCCGUUUGAUUUUCUUUUUUUGGUUAUUUAUGUAUGACUUUUUGUCCUCUGCAGAUUAACAUUGUCUGCAAAAAUUUUGUUUGUUUGUGGUUGGUGAUCAUCUAUAUAUGCAUGUCAAGUUGAAAAUGGAUGUAUUGGAGCUUGGAUCUCUGUAGUUACAUUUUUCAUGAUGUCUGUUGUUAAUUAUAUUGGGCCUAAGAAUACAUUCAAGAGUGGUAAAAUUUUAGUCUAUGUAGAUUCACUUGUCGACCAUACAUUCAAGAGUGGGUAACUCUAAC